UAACAUGUUUUACAGUUUUGUCAUCUCUUUUGCAAGAACAUCGCUAAAUUGGAGAUUGAUGUUGGGGUGUAUUGCAUUUAAGUGUAUGGAAAUUUCCCUCAUCGAUCUUCCAUGUGUUGACGUUUCCAAACCAGCAUAGGACCUUGUUGACCUGAGACUGUGAUUGAGGCACCUUGUGGAACCUUGGUGGAACAACUAAUUUGUUCUAUCUAGCCAUUGCUAUGUUGAUGUAGUCAUGGCAACUGCUCCUGAUGACAGCAGCUGAUGUUGGCGUGGCAACGGGUCAGGUGGAUGAUGCUGACCAGGAGACAGCUGGCUGUCCUGUGUGUGGGUCUGGGAACUGUGUUCCUGUACAGCGAAUAUGUCGUCUACUACAUAGCCAUAUGGCAGUGUUCCUGGCCACAUCUUGAACUUGAAGGAUCUGCUACUGUUGGACCUCAGAAAGGAGGGAACAUGAUCCCCAGCCCACACCAACCAAUCAGGGUGCUGUUUCUGGCCGACACCCACCUCCUGGGGAGCAGGCUUGGGCACUGGUUUGACCGACUCAGAAGGGAGUGGCAGAUGGAGCGGUCAUUCCAGACAGCGGUGUCCGUCCACCAGCCUCACGCCGUCUUCCUGCUUGGGGACCUGCUGGACGAGGGGAAAUGGUGCAGCGACAAGGAAUUCUGGGAGGAAUAUCUAGUCAGGUCCAGAAGUAUGUUCCGCCACAACGCAGACCUCCAGUUUCAUGUGGUGGUGGGAAACCAUGACAUAGGCUUCCACUAUGAUGUGACAAAACAAAAACUGUACAGGUUUGAAAAGGCUUUCAACCUGUCAGCUGUCACCAUAGUUACCAUACAAGGAAACAUCUUCCUGUUGGUGAACAGUGUGGCACUAGAUGAGGAUGGUUGUUUCAUGUGUGCUGAAGCAGAGGCCCAGCUCAAGGACGUAUCUUUUUCCCUCAACUGUUCUCGGGGACUGGUUGGUGAGGAGAAUGAAGGGGAAAGGCAGUGUAAGAAUUCUCAGAAGCUACCAAACACUGCCCCUAUUUUGCUAAUGCACUACCCGCUGUACAGAAAGUCAGAUGCCAACUGCACUGGUCCUGACUCUGCACCAGAUGGUGAGAAGUUCACUACACUCAAGGUUCGAUAUGACGUGGCAUCAAAAUCUGCAUCUCAAAAGCUGUUGUGGUGGUUGCAGCCCAGACUUGUCCUGACUGCCCACACCCACCAUGGCUGUGUGGUCCACCACCCUGAUGGGACCCUGGAGCACACCCUGCCCUCCUUCAGCUGGAGGAACAGAAAUAACCCCAGUUUCCUCAUGGCCUCGAUCCAUCCAACUGGUUAUACCCUGUCUAAAUGCUUCCUACCAAAGGAGAGUUCUGUCAUCAUACUUUAUAUUGUAUCAGUUCUUCUUCUGCUAUCAUGGACAUGUUUAAAAGUCAGGCAACGCAGAAGAGUCUUCAUAUCAAAACAGGUGUAGUACUGACAGAGCAGCAACGGAUGUAUCAGUACAUCUAAAUCAAUGUACAACAGUAUUGUAUAUGCAAUUCAUGCAAUACCUUUGAAAAGAUGCAUAACAGUUACCACUGUCUUAUGGACAUACAUGUACACAUGUUCUAUGCAUCUUGUGUGCAACUGUUAAUUUUUGCGAUGUGGCCUGAGGCUGCUUGUAUUGUUGCCAGGAAGAGAUUUGGUGGUUUUCCAAUAAACCCUGUGCUAAAGGUAUAAGUAGAUAAGCCUGUUGCCUUAUGUGGAUUUGCAGCUUCCCUUGACAGCCAGAGAUAAAUUAUGAUGCUGGUUGUGCUUUCAUAUCGAAGUCCAUAUAUCGCUGGAUGCACUUGCCAACUGUGGUACUUGUGCUUUAGAAAAUGUUGUCAUUCUAAGAUUCACUGAACAUCUAUUCACAUCAUUUUUAGAUACUAUGCUGCAUAUAACCUGUCAUUUCCUACAGAAAUACAUAUAGAUUUGUAUGCUGCACAUCAAAUGUGUUACGUGGAUGGAAAGUCUAAAAUGUAUGCUAUUCUAGAUAGGGAGCAGGAACUACAUUAUAAACAAUAUGAUACUAAAAAUACAGUCAGGAAACAUUUUUUACUU